AUGCGAACACUGCCUCUGCCUCGGCCUCGCACCACCGGCCAGACCCCGUCCCGUCUUCACCUGUCAGCGCCCCCAAGACUGUCACGAAGCUACGUCUCGCUCCAGCCAGUAGCCCGCACCGUCCCUUUCCCUCUCGCUCACCACCGCCAUCACCACCACCACCACUACCACCACUACCACCACCACCACAACAACAACAACAACAAUCGCCGACCGACACCAGCUCCCCCUUCAAGAACGAGGACGGCCCUCUCGCACCACCGCUCCUUCUCCAUCCUCCCCGUCAUCGAGUUCUCCGUCGCCGCCUCGCAAACCCUCCUCACCACCCUGCACACGGCGACCGGCACGCCGUGGUACCUGACCAUCCCGCUCUUCGCCGCGGCGAUCGGCCUGGUCGCCCGCCUGCCCACGACCGUCUACACGCGGCGCCUCGCCGUGCGCCGGGAGCGCCUGGCGCCGCUGUCGGCCGCCUGGGCCGCCCGCUCGCGCGCCGACCUGGACGCCCGCGUCGCCCGCGGCGAGGCCCCGCGCGACAGGGACGCGUGGGUGGCCGAGGCGGUGCGCGCCACCGCGCGGGCCAGGCGCGACAUGGAGCGCCGCUGGGGCGUCCAGGCGUGGAAGAACUGGGCCCCCGCCCUCGCCGUCUUCCCCGUCUGGCUCGCGGGCAUCGAGGGGUUGAGGAGGAUGUGCGGCGGGCCCAGGGGCCUGCUGGGGUCGCUGGUCUUUGGGUGGAAGGGAGUCCGGGAGGGGAGCGGUGGCGUUGCUGGCGGUGAAGGCGUUCAGGGGUUAGGGUACGGUUCGGGUGUCGUGGAUCCGACGGCACUGGCGACGGCGCAGGACACGGCGACGUGGUAUGCGGCAGAUUCUUCCAUGAUUACGGGAGGGUGUCUGUGGUUCCCCGACCUGACCGUGGCGGACCCGUACCACAUCCUGCCUUUUGCCCUGUCUGCUAUCCUCGUGAUAAACACGCUGCCCAAGUCGCAAGCGGGGCUAAGGGCUCUGUUUGGUUUGGACAAGACGCCCGAAGCCAUUGCUGCCUACCAAGAGAUCAAGUGGCGCCUGCGGCUCCAGAGGGGGUUGCUCAUAGUUGCUCUGGCCGCCGGUCCCCUAACCAUGAACCUGCCGGCUGCCCUCCAUCUCUACUGGGUUUCUUCGGCAACAAUGACUUUGGCUCAGACCGCCAUCAUCUCCAGGGCAAUACCGUUGCCCCGACAAGUACCCCCGGCCAAAGGGCAGGAUACGUUCCUGAUGUUGCCAACACGGGGGAACACGAGAUAG